UCUUAGCAGCCAACUACCUGCCUGCUCGAGGCAGAGAGCAGCCCAAGCCGGCUUUACUCCUUCUCCCACGGCGACAGUCCGCCCGUAGCGUGGGGAGGAGCGGAGGCGGAUCUACCGAGAGCGCGACAGAAGAGGCCGGGCCCAAGUCGUCUUCGCCGCCGCCUUUUUCCCUCUUUCCCCGCUGACAGAGACCGCCUCCUUUUUCCCGGCAUCCCUCGCGGUGCGGCGAGCCCCUUCUCCGGUCGGGCUGCUGCUGCUUCUCCGGCUGCGCCUGCCGUUGCCUUCGCCGCCAUGGCUGCUUACAGCAAGUUCCUCACUGCGCGCUACUCCACCAUGGCUGGCGCCACCGCCGCCGCCUGCGCACUGCUCUGCCUGCUCAACAAGCGGAGAAGGGCGGCCGCCCAGCAAAGAAAGAAAAGUGGAAAAGCAUUGCCCAACAAUGAGAAAGAAUUCAAGAAAGAGAGGGCUGCAGUAGAUAAAGUGUUUUUUGCAAGAAUAUGUCAAAUCGUGAAAGUAAUGGUCCCUAGAACAUUUUGUAAAGAGACAGGUUAUUUGAUACUUAUUGCCAUUAUGCUGAUACUUCGCACAUACUGUGACAUUUGGAUGAUUCAGAAUGGAACAGUUAUUGAAAGUGCUAUCAUUGGUCGCAGCAGAAAAGAUUUCAAGAGGUACUUGUUCAACUUCAUCGCUGCCAUGCCUGCUAUUUCCCUUGUGAAUAACUUUUUGAAGUAUGGGCUAAAUGAACUUAAGUUGUGUUUCCGUGUACGACUCACCAAGUACCUUUAUGAGCAAUAUCUUCAGACUUACACAUACUACAAAAUGGGAAAUUUGGACAACAGAAUAGGUAAUCCUGAUCAGCUGCUUACACAAGAUGUAGAAAAAUUUUGUAAUAGUGUUGUAGACCUAUAUUCAAACCUCAGCAAGCCAUUUUUGGACAUCGUUCUGUAUAUCUUCAAGCUAACAAGUGCAAUAGGUGCUCAGGGUCCUGCUUCUAUGAUGGCCUACUUGAUUAUUUCAGGCUUUUUCCUUACACGCUUAAGACGACCCAUUGGCAAGAUGACAAUCACAGAGCAAAAAUAUGAAGGAGAAUACCGAUAUGUCAAUUCAAGGCUCAUUACAAAUAGUGAAGAAAUUGCUUUUUAUAAUGGGAAUCAAAGGGAAAAACAGACAAUUCACAAAGCCUUCCACAAACUGGUGGAGCACUUGCACAACUUCAUUUUGUUUCGGUUUACUAUGGGCUUUAUAGAUACCAUCAUUGCCAAAUACCUUGCUACUGUAGUUGGUUAUCUGGUUGUUAGCCGUCCAUUUUUGAAUCUCUCUCAUCCUCGCCAUCAGAAAAGCACCCAUGCAGAACUUCUGGAGGAUUACUACCAGAGUGGAAGAAUGUUACUGAGAAUGUCUCAAGCUCUCGGCAGGAUAGUUCUGGCAGGUCGUGAAAUGACACGAUUGGCAGGCUUCACAGCUCGAAUUACAGAAUUAAUGCAAGUACUGAAGGAGUUGAACAGUGGCAAAUAUCAGCGUACCAUGUUAUCUCAAGAAAAGGAUUCAGAAACAGAGCAAGCACUUCCCCUGAUUCCUGGUGCUGGACAAGUUGUCAUAGCAGAUAAUAUUAUCAAGUUUGAUCAUGUUCCAUUAGCAACACCAAAUGGCGACAUGUUGAUUAGAGACCUCAACUUUGAGGUGCGAUCUGGUGCAAAUGUUCUGAUUUGUGGGCCAAAUGGAUGUGGAAAGAGUUCACUCUUCCGUGUCCUUGGUGAAUUGUGGCCUCUGUUUGGUGGUUGUCUAACUAAACCUGAAAGAGGGAAGUUGUUUUAUGUUCCUCAGAGACCAUACAUGACCCUUGGAACGCUCAGAGACCAAGUAAUCUAUCCAGAUACUCUAGAAGACCAGAAAAGGAAAGGGAUCUCUGACCAGGUGCUAAAGGAGUACUUGGACAAUGUCCAAUUGGGUCAAAUCCUGGAGCGUGAAGGAGGCUGGGAUAGUGUUCAGGACUGGAUGGAUGUUCUCAGUGGAGGAGAGAAACAGAGGAUGGCAAUGGCCAGACUGUUUUACCAUAAACCUCAGUUUGCAAUUCUCGAUGAAUGUACUAGUGCUGUUAGCGUUGAUGUAGAAGGCUACAUCUACAGCCAUUGUCGGAAAGUUGGCAUCACUCUCUUCACUGUAUCUCACAGAAAGUCUCUUUGGAAGCAUCAUGAUUUUUAUCUUCACAUGGAUGGAAGAGGAAAUUAUGAGUUCAAGAAGAUUACUGAAGACACAAUUGAAUUUGGUUCUUAAAAAUCCAUGAAUCUACAACCUACUGCAGUGACACAUAACAGCACAGGGCAUAGAAGGACAAAAUACAUUUUAAUGUAACAAAACUACUCAGCUUAUAUUCCUUAAAUUUACUAGGAAUAGAAUAAUCUAAAACAAGCUGUUGAGGCAUUUACUAUUAUGUAGGAUAUUACUAAUUUGUGUAUAUGUUGGUUUAAUUAUUAAUAUGUACUAAGAAUGUCCUUAUUCUUGUGGUUUUUAAAAACCUGCCUAAAUUAAAUUGGGCUUAAAUCACUGUAAUUUUGAUUCAUCUUGGGAUGUAAACAUUCUGAAGUCAGCUACUUUGACUUCUGUUUGACCUCUACUUCCUCUGGGGAAGAACCCUGUUAGGGUUGCUACCUCCUCUGUUCCCAGUACGUGAAUUUCCAUGUUGUAUUCUGAUGUAUUAAUUCACUGUACUGAAUGUCAUGCUCUUCUUCAGGACAGUGCUAGCUACUUUAUUGCAGCAUUGCACAGGGCAAUGAGCCUUUCCUUUUGGCUAAGGUUUUGGUGAAGCUCUGCUUGCAGCACUGCUGGGUUCAGGGAAGAAGUGAGCCCUGGAGCUGCAUCUCUAACUGCUAAAGAGAAGGGCUCAUUCCAAUAGACAUUCUGGGUCCCAUUCUCUCACUUCAGCUUCCCACUGUUCUUUUGGCCUAUUCUUCUAUCCUGUUUAACAAAACAACAACAAAAGCCCUACUUUCAGUUUUGGUCUCGUGUCCCAUUUCCAGGAAGGGAAAGGGACAAAUGAAGAGGGUUGCCUUUUUAAAAACAAUAAAACCACUCUUAUCCUGCCUUCCAAUAAAAAAAUAAAAAAAAAAAAUCCAAAGCCACUUCAGAUAAAACAAACAAUAAGAAGAAAACACAGAAAGUACAGUAUUUAAACUAAUCAAUCAGAAACUAAUGAAAACUAGAAGGCAAAGCUAAAGAACAAAAUAAAUAAAAGGUUAAAAAAAUAGGAACGAACGUUUUGUACUUCAGAGUGGUCAUAUUAGACAUGAAUUAGUAGUACUUUGAAGUAGUACAGUCAAUUGAAUAGCUCUGGGAAGCUGUACACUUUCCUUCUGAAUAAAAUGCCAUGGCCAUCUGUCCCACAGAUCAUGAUUUUUCAGUGAGCAAUAUGAGCCUACUGAGUGUUUUCUUUGUUUUUUAAAAGAAUGUGUAAUGAUUGAGACAUAGCAGUUCAAAGCCUUUCAGACCUAAUUUUUGUUACUUGAAAAUUCUUUUGGUUUUUGCUUCCUAUGAAUAACUUCCAUAAAAUCACUUAAUGCUUAACCAUAGUUUCCCCAACUGGCAUGAGGUAAUUGCAAACUUGGUACAUGCUGGCCAGACCAUAUAUAAAAUAGACUAAAGUAUUAAUUAUUCAUAGAAACCAUUAUUCCUAUAUAAUGAUAUGGAACCAUUGCUUAGAGUAGCCUUGAUGAGCCUAGAAAGAUGGUGGCUUUCUAGCCUAGCUGUGUGAUAAGUAGCCAUUUAUCCUAUUAAAACAUCUGAAAACUCCUGUGGUACAACAAAGGUCUGAUGCGUGCAUAGUUUCAACCAUAAGAUGUAAUACAGAAAUGCACUACAUGAAGGCAUGCACUACAUAUGCAAAUAAACAUGAUUGCUGUCUUUUCCUUUGUUUAUAUUUUUAGUGAUUACAUGUCAGUCUUGAAUCUUCCACUUGCAUAGUAACGCUGCUACCUUUAAAAUGUCCUAAUCUUGGAAUAGCUAAUUGUAUUACUUCCUCUGCUUCAGUCCACCAUUAUAAAUGCCAUCAAUUUCAUGAGUUUUGUACAAAUAAUCAAUGGAGAGUAAAAGUGAAGUUUAAAAGCAACAUUUAAAUUGCAGUUUAAAUUGACUUCAUCUGUAUUAUAACUUCAUGCUUUUUUCAUACCUUAAGAUGGCAGAGAAUUGCCCUUUUGUGUAUCAUUUUUGUUUUUGAACAAUUAUAAAGAUUGACAUCAAGAUCAGUUGUGCCAGCCCACACAUUCUGAUAGUGGGAUGAUACACCAGGAGCAAAGCACAAAGGCUGAUGUUAAACUGAAAUAAUUGGCGAAUUGGCUGCCACAAUGGUUUCAGAUGGGGUAUUGAUAUGACUUCAAGGUUAAUGCAGCUCUGCUGUGAAGCAGGUUGCAAUACUUCUUGUGAAAAACUUUUUUUCCCCAUUUAACCCCUGCUUUUCAGAUUAACUAUUAUAUAGUGGCAGUUCUAGAGAGACUGGCUUUCUCAAUUACAUCUGUUUUUAAGGGAUUGUUUUUUUUUAGUGGGGAAAUGCUACUUUUUAAAUAUUUGUAUUCUUUUUCAGAGAGGUCUGCACUAAAACUGAGUAGUGAUAGACCUGAGGUUUUUAAAAGUGUUGUAUUUUUCUCACUAACUAGCAGAAAGCACUCGUUAUUUAUAUAGCAUCCUUUGCAGAAAAUCAAAAAGUGUUGCAGUUCAAGACUGACCAACAAAACUAAAGCUGUAUUAAUUUUGUCUGUUGGAGCAAAUUGACUUCAGUAGCCAUUAAGUAAUGAGGCUGGUCCAUUUACUUCAGCAUAUAAUAGUGAGUCAAGAGACAAUGGAUACUUAUAAGGCCAAGCCAUUUUUAUUAUCUCAAGUGGCAAUAUCUAUAUUUUUAUCACGAGCACAUUAAAAAUUGACCCCAUGAUGAAUAAAGCACAUGAAGGUAAAAUGAAGCUGAGCAGUGCUCAAGGGAAACAGCAUUUAAGAUCAUGCUUUUUAGUGAAGAGCUUUUCAAAUGUGAUGCAAAAUGGUCAAAAAAUGUAGUUGAGCUAUGAAUUUGUCCUAUGGUUUUGUAUUUGGUGGCUGCUUUUAUGAUUGCUUAAACUGGAAGUUUUAGGGAAUGGGAAAGUUUGCAAGAGUGAAACAUCUCCAUGUCUCAUGCAAAAUUUCAGGCUGAUGAUAUUUGUCACAGAUGGCUCCUAUUUCACUGGUGGAGAAUUGAUUGCUGUACUUUAAUAUAUUGUAGCUUGUAAAGUGCUUUGGGAGGAAAGACGCUAUAUAAACAUAAGAUUUUUCUAUAUAAGUGCCUCUGGAAUAAUAAAUCUGAGACAAACAA